AUGUCCGCUCGUAUCCAGUCUCCGACGAGUGCCUUCUUCGUGGGGUCCAACGACGACCAGCUCGAACGUGCCCAGGCCCGUGCAGCCCGCGCGGCUACCAUUCGCCGCAAGUCCCUUGCCGCCAAUUUCCACUUGCAACCGCCCAGUUCUCUUCCCUGUCUCAACAAGCACCAGAUUCUCGACUUGUUCCACAACUGCAUAAAGCUCGCUUCCGAAAAUAAAAUUAAUCAGAAAAACACGUGGGAGUUGGAUUUGAUCGAUCACCUCACUGAUAUUAUUAGGGUUGAAGAAGGGAAUCACAUGGAGACUAAUUUUCAAAUAGCAAGCUGUACUCUUGAAGCUGGAGUCAAAAUAUAUUCCUUGAGGGUGGAUUCAGUGCAUUCCGAUGCAUAUAAAGUCCUUGCUGGAAUGAGUAGAGCCGGCCAAGAAACUGUGGAAGUGUCAAAGUGUCCAGACGCUACUUUAGGGAGUGUUAAUGCAGAAAAUGGACAGGCAAGCACGAAGGAAGUUGACAAAAAGUUGUUGUUUUUGUCAACAUUGGAAUCAUCUUUUGAGGUUCUUAAUGUAAAGAGGUUUGAAGUUGCAUUUGCUGUGGAUCCACUCUAUCACCAGACGUCAGCACAAUUUGAUGAAGGUGGAGCCAAGGGCCUUUUGAUGAAUAAUCUUGGUGUAUAUGGUAAAUGUCGGGUGCUCUUUGACUCACAAGAAGUGCCAGGGAAGUGCAUAAUAAGUCAAAAUGAACAUGAUAUUUCAGAUACAAUUGAUCUUUCUUUCGCCAGAGAUAGUGUUGAACAGAUGAUAUUAAGUAUGCAUACGAAGGAUGAAAUCUCUCCAACUCUCAGGAUGAUAGUAAAUCAAUUUGAUGAAAAUUAUAGAAGGCCUUUUGAUUUUCAAACUUCUGGUGAGAAAUCGGCUGAGGAGUUCGAUGCAGAUAUUGGUUGUGAAGUUGUCAACGGAAAAGAAGGAGAUGAUAACUCUUCAACUUGGAGUUAUGAUCAAGAUAGCCAAACAUUUGCUGCUGAAUGGGGCUCUGGUGAAACAGACCCAAGUUUUCCAAGUUACCAUGAGGAAAAAGAACCAUUUCAUUCCCAAGAUCCUCAUAUGGAUGACAUAUUUGAGAAUGUUGUUGGAUAUUUAUUUUUGAGUCUGGGUUUUAGGUCAAAGAAGAAUUCAUGGGCAGGCCUUGAUCAUUGGAAGCAUAAAAAUAUUGAAGGUUCAAAGUCAAAGGUUCAUUGUACUUCCGAGGAUAUCCAGAAAACCAGGAAGCCAAGGACAACGAGACAGGUCAAAGUUGAUUUAGAAUUCACAAGUUUUCUGGAGAAAAAAAUACCAGAUAUCUUUUCUCCUCCCAAGAAUCCCAAAUCUUUACUGCUCUCGAAAAGUAUAUCACCUUGCAUUACAAAAGAUCCAGAGGAUUGCCACUACGAACCAGAGGAUCUUGUCAAGUUUUUUCUUGUUCCUUAUGUAAAAUGUAUUGGGAGAAGAACGAGAAGGCUAUCAGAUGUCUCAGGAGAACAAUGUAAUGACAACGAAUCAUUCCCUUCCUGGGGUAAUGGAAGUGUUUGGGAUGGUGGUGUCACUGAUGUACAUAAUGACAUGGAUGACUCUAGCACACUUAUUUCCCAGCCUCGUCAGAUCAAUAAAAUUGAAGUCCAGUAUGACAAAACAUCCAAACAAGUAAAUGUGGAGGCUCUGAAAAUAACACUUUGGGACCGAAUUCAAGAAUCUAUUCAACUUCCAUUUCAGGGUCAAAAAGAAAUGGUAUCUUUCAGGCAUAUAUUGGCAAACUUUCCUAGUAAAAGCAAUGCUGCUGCGACUAUCAGUGACAUAUCUCCACAUUUGUGUUUCAUAUGCCUAUUACAUUUGGCUAAUGAGAAGGGGUUAAGCAUUCAAAGUUGCCCCACCUUGGAUGAUCUUGGCGUAUGCCUACCUGAUGAUGGCCACUAA